UGGAGACACUUUCACACUGCCUAGAACAGAGUCACACCUGGAUUGAGACAGUACGACACGAUGACAGAGACAACUACAGUUCCUCCUCUGAAGACUACCUUUAAUUAUUCUCCUACAAACUCCACUGAACGUCCAACACAAUUCUCCUCAAGUCUUGGAAUAGCCAUCCUCUCAAUAGCAUUUAUUAUUGGUUUUCCAGGUAAUGCCUUCAUCAUCUGGACUGUGUUGACUCGUAUAAAGAAACGAACUGUAACCUGCAUCCUUAUCUUACAUUUAGCCAUAGCAGAUAUCAUUGUACUCCUUACAGCACCGUUCUUCAUUCAUCUUCUGGUCUCUGGCAAAUGGAUUUUUGGUAGUGUUGUUUGUAAGCUGUGCCAUUACAUUGGAUGCCUGAGCAUGUUUGUCAGCAUCUACCUCAUAACGUUCAUGAGUGUGGAUCGUUUCCUUGCAGUGGUUAUACCUUUUUCUAUUCAGAAGAUAAGGACAAAAACAGUGAUCAGGACUUCGGUUUUGGCAAUAUGGAUGUUAAGCACACUCUUGGCCAUCCCCAUGUUAUUUUAUCGCAGUUUACAUGCGGAUACAAGCCAGUGUAAUCCCACACACCAAAGUUCUGGACACAUUGUCUUUCAGUACUUAUUUGAAUUUUUGCUUGGCUUUCUCUUCCCGUUCAUAGUAAUUGUUUUCUGCUACCUUUAUAUCUGCAUACGGUUACAGGGUUUAAAGUUUCAACGCAAGCAAAAGACAAGUCAACUUGUUAUAAUUAUCGUUGUCAGUUUUGCUCUGUUUUGGUUUCCUUAUCAAAUGAUUAAUCUUAUACAAGUUUUGGGAGAGACAAUAUCAAGUACCAACACAGCAGAGAAGUUCAGACGUGCAGCUCUAUUUGCUCGUCCCAAUGUUACUGCACUGGCCUUUUUCAGUAGUAGUGUCAACCCUGUUCUUUACACAUUUGCUGGUGGUUCCUUCAUAAGAACUGCUGGGGUUGGAUUUAUGGCCAAGGUCUUUGAAGGAACCUCUUCUGAAGCCCCCAGUUUUCGGAAGGUGACUAAUGUCUUUCGUCAGAAGAGCAGAAACAAAUCUGUGGAACUUGGUACAAUUGGGGAGGUUCCUGAGGAGAGUAAAAUAUUCACAGCCAAUCAAACAGAAUAAUUUUUAAAAUAUGACUUCCAUUAACUAUUUUCCUUCCACUCUUUGUUGUCUAGAAACUUUGAAAGAUCCCACAAAGAGAAAUUUUAAAGGAUUGAACUUUAGUGUUUUGACAUGUUAAGGCUCAGCCUCAGAAUUAUUUCAUGGAAACUUUAUAAAAAAAAACAUGGGACUAUUUUAGGUUCUGAGAUCAAGAAUUACAAAAUUAGUUGCAAAACAUUUACUGUGGUUGAAUUAUGAAUACUGGCAUACAUGGAAUUAUUACACCAGUGAUAAUGACUAAAAAGUCAUUGAAGAGAAGUAACAAAAGAAUUGCAGAUUUUAGUCAAAAGUAGGUUGCCUAGUUCAUUUAUUGUUCCACCAGUGCAAACAAAAUUUAAAACAAAAACACUUCAAGCUAUACAAAUUGCUUUGGUGGUUAGUAAUAAAAGAGUCAUAGCUGCUAAAAUGAGUUGGGCUCAGAAUUCAGUAAACAAUCUGUGAUUCUACUAUGCUUGGGAAAUACUAGUGUAAAUCAUUGAUUAUAGCUGCAAAUAGCUACACUUCAUUACUGUUGCAACUUUUAAUUUGGCAAAGUUACAAAAUAUAUACGUUGUGAGUGCCCAGCAUAUAAUUGCACCACAUCCCGCCCUGCCAAUUAACAAUUUCAAUGUUGCAUUUCAGAGCAGCGCAAUGAGCUGAUUUUUAGUGAAGGUGAAAGUAAAAUUAUUAAAAUAUACCU